UUUCAAACUUUAUAAUCUGUCAAAGAAACUAUAAGAAGCUAGCUGCUCAGCUCCUUCUUCUCCAAGCAAUGCCCUUUACAUUUUCUCACCAAAACAACUGAUAUCAGCCAUGGAAGUACCACUCCAAGCUGAGCUUGAGCUUGACACCCAAUUAUCUUCCUCUCCUUCGUCCUCUUCCGCAUCUUCAUCUUCUCCUCUGGUAUUCAUGUCAAAGAAGAUUCUGAAAACAAUAAAAAAUGCGAACGAAAACAAGAGAAAAGUUCAAAACGAAGACCAAGUUUUCGAAGGGAAACAUCAAACAUACAGGGGAGUAAGAAUGCGUCAAUGGGGGAAAUGGGUAUCCGAAAUACGUGAACCCAGAAAAAAAUCGAGGAUUUGGCUAGGCACCUUCCCUACGGCCGAAAUGGCGGCUCGAGCACACGAUGUAGCGGCGCUUACGAUUAAAGGAGAAUCGGCUUAUUUGAAUUUCCCAGAUGUAGCACACGAGCUUCCUCGGCCGGUAAGUUCGUCGCCCAAGGAUAUCCAAGCCGCCGCCGCUAAAGCCGCCACCUUGAGUUAUAAUAAUCAAAUGGCUCCUCAUUCUCCGUCGUCGACGGUGUCACAUGAUGGUGGUCGAGAGUGGUCGAGUUCAUCGGUGAAUGAUAAUGAUGAUACGUUCAUUGGUCUUCCUGAUCUGUUGGUAGAUAUGAAUCAUCAAAUUUACGAGUUCUGGGGUGAUGAAAUGAAUGAGUUUGGGUACGAGGAGCCUCGCCUUUGGGAAUAUUGCUAAGUGGUCCUGUAAUAUUUUCCAUUAUUCACUUGUAAGUUUGAUUUUCUUUCAAAUUGGACAGCCAAUGAAUUUUACAAGUUUUUU